AUUUUAUGAUUACUAAGUUUCUAAAGUUCCAUUAUUCUUGACUAGUCGUUCAUCGAAAUGAGACACUGGUGCCAAUUAGUUUUGUUUUCGACCGUAGAAACCAAGAAUGGAAAUAUAUUUAAUUGGUAAAAAUCCCACCAAGAAAUAACACCAUAAUUUAUAACGAAAUAGAUGGAUCGAGAAACUGAGAACUUACAGAGGGUAGCAAAAAAAAAGAAGUUGAAGAUUUGUAAUCCGGUUAGCCAAACUAUUCCAGCAAAUCAAUAUAUUAUUUAUAAUAUAAACCGAAAUCUUGUUUUUAUGUCGGAAAAAUCGAAUCUUGUUUUUAAAUUAAACAAUUAUAAAAAUUUAGCUCCAGAUAAAAUGAUUUUAUUUUAGAUUAUUCAACGCAAGAAAAUUGGAAAAUCAUUUGAUGGGUGUGAAUGAUUUUAAGUGAGGGAGAUAAAGGGUGUGGGGCUAAGAGGUUAGCUCACGUGUAUUGAUACAUCUCCUUAAACUCAGACCUUUUUUACUUAUCCAUCAAUAAUAACAAUAAUAAUAAUUUAUAACAGAAAUCUUAAAAAAUACUACUAUGAUACUGACAAAUUGGAAAAGCCAAUAGCUUAAUACGUACACAAUGCUGAAAACUUGUUCACAUAUGUAAUCAGAUAUUAUCCAAAAAUUACAACAACAAAAAGAAAAUACCAGACUCGAAUCACAACGCUUAAUAGCAAAGAAAAGAAGUGUACAGAUUAUUUCAUGAAAAUAAUUGGGAAUAAAUAAUUCAUUAUAAUAUGAAAGAAAUGUUCUUGAAAAUUUGAAGUAGCGAGAUGCAGAUUAUUUCAUGAAAAUAAUUGGGGAUAAAUAAUUCAUUAUCUAUAUAUAUAAAGAAUGGUUUUCUCUCACCUCAUGCUGCCACGUCAUCACGGAGAGGAGGCUUUUGCCGACACGUCAGCGCUCAAUCAGUCCCCUUUGCGUUUUUCUUUUCUUCUGUUCCGUCUGAAUUUUAGGGUAGCUGGGCUUUUAGUUAAUUAAAUUAGUUUGCCCCAAUAUUUGGCCCGUUAGAAACCCGUGCUUAGGGUUGGUGGUUGUCUUCUUCUUUCAGAGGCGACCACGCCGAUGUAAUUCACCAACACAAACCCUCGAUCUGAGUUCUGUAACGCCUCCCGAUCCAUAAACUCCAAGUUUUCCUCAACUAAUGUUAAUCAAACAAAAUACCUCUUCAAAAUACCUCUUCAUUUUCCAACGUAACUGGUUCAAGCUUCCCCUAUAAAUGUCUCUCAUUUCUUCGAUGUGGAGUACAACGCAAAAGAUUUGGCAAACGAUUUCGAACAGCAAUUAUUUUCAUAGCAAGCAAUUCCGAUGGCGCCUACGUACACGCUACUUGCCGACCUGAGAGCCGGGCGAUGCUCUAACACCGCAGAGGUCCGUCUGCUGAGGUCCGUCUACAAAUCUGUUUCAUCUUGUCUUCACGUGUUUGUUUUUACAGAAUAUUGAUGUUUUUUAUUUUUUUCUUUAACGGCACCGUGUACUUAUGCAAAUACUUUACAAUCAAUUUAAUGAAUAAGUUCCAAGGGAUUUUGUCUUUCGUCCACAACACCGUGUGGAAGGUGUUGUUUGGGAAGGUCAGUGGAAUGGUUAUUUACAUAUUAAAUUAGUUGUUAAGAGUUUUCUGUGGACAGGAGUGUUUCUUGAUAGUGAAAAGGAGCUUCUCGUCAACAGGUUUAGAUUCCUCCAUCUCUUUCCGUAAACACAUGCUGCUGUUGCUGCUGCCUGCUAUUUCACACAUGAUGAACUCACUAAGGUGUGGAAAACGAUGGUAAUCCCAUUUUAAGAAUUUCGUUGACAGUAUACUAGCUUGGAGCCCUUUGCAUUAUGGCUGCAAGACAAGGUUUACCUUAAAUCCUUUGAUGUUGGUAUUAAUUAAUCAUCCACUUGUGAUUCUGGAUAUUGACGUUGUUCUCCUCUCUCCUCUUUCAGGUCUACUCUAUCCGUGAAGCUGCAGCAAACAACCUAAGGCGCUUUGCAGAAGAGUUUGGUCCUGAGUGGGCAAUGCAACACUUGGUUCCACAGGUAUUGGACAUGGUCACAAAUCCGCACUAUCUACAUAGGAUGAUGGUUCUACGAGCAAUAUCUCUCAUGGCUCCUGUAAUGGGAUCUGAAAUUACAUGCUCUAAGUUUCUUCCGGUGGUGGCUGAGGCAUCAAAAGACAGAGUUCCAAAUGUCAAGUUCAAUGUUGCAAAACUUCUGCAAUCGCUCAUCCCCAUAGUCGACCAAUCAGUGGUGGAGAAAACAAUACGUCAGUGUUUGGUGGACCUGAGCGAGGACCCUGAUGUUGUUGAUGUUCGCUAUUUUGCAAACUAAGCGCUUCGUUCCAUUGACGAUGCUGCAGUUGCACAAUCCUAAAUAUCUUUUUCAAAUGUGUUAGUGAUAUAUAAUCUUUAAUUCUUUGUGUUCUUUGCUAUUACCUGGUUUGUUUGUGUAAAACGUCAUUUUCGAUUGCUGGCUAUGAACUGCAUUUAUAUAUUUGUGAUAUAUAAUCAUUUAAUUCUA